CUACCAAAUCUAAUUUCUCGCAAAAUAAAAAUGUAAAAAAAAAAAGACCCAAUUUUUGUCUCUUUCCUCAUGCUUUACGAUGGACCCACCUCCGAUUUGGUGUGUGCGUAUACACUAUAUAUACACGGAGAAAGAGGCCGUGAUAAGUUGCUUCCGAUUUUGUAAGCUUUCUAAAUAGGCGCUUCUUCUACCAUCACCUGCUGUUGGAGUUUGAACUGCUGCUUCUGUGUUUACCAGGACAGGAUAUUUGUUCUCGAGUUCACAAAGACAAAAUAGGUAAUCAAUGGGUUUAGAAAUACAUUCAUCGCCAUGGAUUGAGGUUAUGAGAAGUGAGAUCAGUGGCUUGACGAUGGAAGUCGAUGAGAUUAAAUCUUCUAACUUUUGCGACGAAGAUGCGAAAAUGAACUUAAGAUCCGGCGGCUAUUGCCAACGGGCCCUUCACGAGUCAUUAAGCUUCAAAAAUUGGGAAAGAGAGAAUAAUUUGCUCGAAAAGAGUCAACAAAAGUGCGACCUUCAUGCGGCUGCCGUGAAACUGCAAAAAGUGUACAAGAGUUACAGGACAAGAAGAAACCUGGCGGAUUGUGCAGUCGUCGUUGAAGAAUUAUGGUGGAAGGCGUUGGAUUUUGCAUCUCUUAAACAUAGUUCGAUCACUUUUUUCGAUAGUGAAAAGCCGGAAAGUGCAGUUUCGCGGUGGGCAAGGGCGCUGACCAGAGCGGCCAAGGUUGGUAAGGGUUUGUCCAAGAAUGAGAAGGCUCAAAAGCUGUCUCUGCAACACUGGCUCGAAGCGAUCGAUCCUCGACACAGAUAUGGGCAUAACCUGCAUCUCUAUUAUGAUGUCUGGUUUAAGAGUUCGAGUUCACAACCAUUCUUUUACUGGUUGGAUGUUGGCGAAGGUAAAGAGGUAAACCUCGAGAAGUGCCCGAGGUGCAAACUUCAGCAGCAAUGCAUCAAGUACCUCGGACCAAAGGAGAGAGAGGCGUAUGAAGUAAUUGUGGAGAAUGGAAACCUUGUGUAUAAACAAAGCGGAGUUCUUGUGAACACCGAUGAAGGUUCUAAGUGGAUCUUCGUUCUUAGUGCGUCCAAGGCGUUAUAUGUCGGGCAGAAGAAGAAAGGGUCAUUUCAACACUCAAGUUUUCUAGCCGGCGGAGCAAUAACAGCUGCAGGGAGAUUGGUUGUUAAAGAUGGAAAUCUCAAGGCUGUAUGGCCAUAUAGUGGUCAUUACCUCCCGACAGAAGAAAAUUUCCAGGAGUUCAUCAAGUUCCUUCGCGACAACAAUGUAGACUUCACUGGCGUCAAGAGAUGUCCGCUGGACAGAGAUGAUAGAUACCCCUCGUUCAAGAACCCUAGCGACGAGUCGCUGCUUGAGGCGGGUAAUUCUAAUGAUUCGUCGGAUGAUCAUACAUCAGUCGAACACGUAGACUCCAGUGAAACGGAGUCGGAGUUUACUUCUCCAGAGUCCGCACACACUGAUUCUGAAGAGAUAGAAAAUGCAGAGCCACCGACGACCCACAUGUCGCGCAAAUGGACAACCGGGGCCGGGCCUCGCAUCACGUGUGUCCGCGACUACCCCUCGGAAUUGCAGUUCAAGGCGCUCGAGCAUGUUAACCUUUCUCCAAAGGUUGAUAUGACUUCACCAACCGAAAGCAAAGGCCCGAUCCCUUCUCCCCGUCCGAGUCCCGGAUUGAGACUUUCUCCUAGGCUUGCUUCUAUGGCCCUGCCGACCCCUACGAUUUCUCUCACUCUUCCUAAACUCAAGAAAAGAUGAUUCUUUUUUGGAGCCUCGACUUUUCCUAACUUAUCCGAGUCGUUUUAUGACGGAUUGGAGGAAUAUGGCGGGAGUAAAGAGUGGGAUUUUUUUGGGGAUUACUGCAACGAAGAAAUGAUCUCCCACUCCUCACAUUUUCCUUCUUUUUUUUUUAUGCAUUCAGAUUGUCAAAUUGAUCUUGUUCCUAUUUUAACUUUACUGGAGAUCUCUGACUGUGAGAUCCCUCCAUAAAAUGGCUCUUUGUACAUAGCCCAAUUUUUUUGAGUCAAGAUAUACAUGUAAUUUUCUGACUUAUACUCCAGGGAAGCAAUAAAAUUCCUUUUU